AUGGCCACCACAAUCAAUCUCAUGACAUCCAUUGCUAAUACUGAUAUUGACGUCUUUGUCGGUCUAGGAAAACUUCCCUCAGAUGUUAUUAGAACAAUUGUCGAUUACUUGCCUAAAUGUAUGUUGCCAGAGUUAUUAUACUUCCCACCUAUUAGAGAAGUUGUUGCAUCUGCAAUUUUAUCAAAGAUGCUAAUUAGUAACGUUUUACAAAGAAACACGGAUUAUAGUGAAUGUAAUUGUGACCUUUUGGAUAUAACGCCAAAAAAAUUGAAGCGGGCUAUAGAUCAAUGGAACAUAUUUCCCAAAUUUGUUGUCAUUAAGGAUUUCAAUUUAUUCAAAGCUGUCUUAGAUCUCUCUCCUCAAGUUUUACACAAUGCUAUAAAUCUUUAUGGCGUUUUUUGUGUCAAAAGUGACGCUGAUCGACAAAAGAGUUUAGAAAUACUUGUGAACUCCAAUGUCAAAUUUAGUCAUUUCGCAUUAAUGAAUUUUGGACAUGUAACAACUUUACCUACUGUAACUACAAGUCUUACCCUAGGAGAUACAACAUUAGCUAGUUACAUGGUUGACGGACUAAAGAGGUUACACGUGAGUCAGGGGUUUAUUGAAGAAAGAGUGACAAGUUAUAAUUUUCCGUCAUCUUUAGAGGAUUUAGAAAUUGAAGGUCCGCGUUCACCUAAAGUGAUUUUACCUCCAAAUUUGCGUAAAUUGAGAUUUGCAACGAUUCCGGACUCGAUUGAAUCGAUGCCAGGGCAAGCAGCCAAAAUGGAAGAAUUACUGCUUGCUUUACCACACAUUGAAUCCUUUGAUGAGAUUGGCUUUGUUUCUCCAAACUUGAAAAUAUUAAAUAUCGAAUACUGUGGCAAGCUAACCAAUUAUGACGGCUUAAAAAAAUUUCAAAAUUUAAAAGAAUUAUCUAUAAAGUACUGCAACUAUCCAAUUGGAGUAUUUGCAGGAAACUUAUUUCCUGAGUUAAAGAAAUUUGAAUACAUGGGGACAGAUUAUGACUUUGGAAUCCCAGACUUUAUACCUACGGAUUUAUUUGGUACCACAUUAGAGUUUCCGCCAAAUUUAAAAUAUUUAUCGAUAAAGUUUGCUAGUUUCAUGAGGGUAGAUUUGAGUACUUUAGUUCUUCCUUCCAAGUUGAAACAUCUAGAACUUUGGGGUGUGAAACUUGGUUUUGGAUACUUGCACCUUUCUGAAAAUUUAGAAUACGUACGUAUCCGUUCACCAGAAUUGGAGUUUGAUGACAAUUUCAGGAUUCCUCAAAAGAUGAAGUACUUUCAAGUAACCGCUAACUACUUCUAUUUCGAGACAUCAGAUUUUAUGUACCAUUUACCAGAUGGAUUAGAACAUUUACAAUUGGUUUCGCGUAAAGAUGGAGACAUGGGUCAACUAUAUAACAAAGUUCAGUGGCCAAAGUCAUUGAAGAUAUUUCGUUUACAUUAUUUUAGCUUUAAUCCGAGAUCAUUGGCAUUUUUGAAAUUGAGUAAAUCAUGCCUUGAAGAGAUUGAUAUUCGCGGUGGUCAUUAUAAGAGAUUAAAUGCAGAUUCACUUCCAAAAAGCGUUCGAGUUUUAAUUUUGAAGAAAAUGGGAAUUCAAGAAUUGUGUGGUUCCUUUGAACGGCUAAAUAACCUAAACAAGUUGUUAGUCACACACACCAAUCUUCGGAACCAAGCCCCUAUAAAAUUGCCAGUAUCAUCAUUGAGCCUCAUAGACUUACGAUACUGUAAACUUGAUACUAAGUCACCUUUUGUCGUGUCUAUCCGACAGGAAAAGAAUAAAAACACCUGCUUAAAAGUAAAAGAAUCUGACUUUUGGGGCAUGAGUGACAUGGAAAUGUGA